GAAAAACACAUUCAGCCGUCGGAGUUUACUACUGAAAACUUGAUAGGCACUGUACGUGAUUUAUUUGUUGCUGGCACAGAGACCACAAGCACCACACUGAGAUAUGGACUCCUACUCCUGCUGAAGCACCCAGAGGUCAGAGCUAAAGUCCAAGAAGAGAUUGACCGUGUGGUUGGCAGACACCGGAGCCCCUGCAUGCAGGACAGAAGCUUCAUGCCCUACACAGAUGCUGUGGUGCAUGAGGUCCAGAGAUACAUUGACCUCGUCCCCAACAGUGCACCACAUGCCGUGACCCGUGACAUUAAAUUCAGAAACUACCUCAUCCCUAAGGGCACAACCAUAUUUCCAUCACUGACCUCGGUGCUACAUGAUGACAAAGAAUUCCCCAACCCAGAGAUGUUUGACCCUGGACACUUUCUGGAUGAGAGUGGCAAUUUUAAGAAAAGUGACUACUUCAUGCCUUUCUCCACAGGUAAUAGAAAUUCAUUAUCAUUUGGCACAACCAUAUUUCCAUCACUGACCUCGGUGCUACAUGAUGACAAAGAAUUCCCCAACCCAGAGAUGUUUGACCCUGGACACUUUCUGGAUGAGAAUGGCAAUUUUAAGAAAAGUGACUACUUCAUGCCUUUCUCCACAG